AAAGAAUGGGGAGCUGGAGGGUCCGUGUGGUUCAGGCAAAGGCGGGAAGGUCUGUGGCUGACCUUGUCACACGUCCACAAAGGAGUCAUCCGAGGUCUUACGGGAGCCAUGAGAGAGUGGACGGAGCCUUUUCAAACUCAUAUGGGGAAGGGUCAUUCUUUGUGAUGAGCCAUUUCUCAGAAUACAGAAUUUCCAAGAAUUUUUCACCCACUGCUGUUUUCUGGGAACACAGGGCUCAGGUAAAGUUCUACACAUCAGGGGAAAUCUGGAAACACCGUUCCGAGUCCUGACUUGGCUGUUAACUUCCACGAGGCCUACGGCAUCCUCGUCACUAAAAUGGACGCUUGGACUAAAGAUUGAGACAGCUGACAGCUUGAUCUGACUUGUCUGCUCCUGGCGAGAUCCCAGCCUGCCAUGAAGUGCUAUCUCAUCUUUGCACUCAUGAGCGCAGCUGGAGUCAUUCCGGCCCAAGAUUCUAACACUGAGAAGAUGAACGUAGCAGAAGAUUUUACUAUUCCUUACAUGGUCUAUCUUCAGUCCUUCCCGGAACCCUGUGUGGGGUCUCUCAUUCACCCUGAGUGGCUACUGACCACUGCUCACUGCCCCUUACCUGUUAAAAUCCGAUUGGGAGUUUAUCAACCCAACAUCAAAAAUAAGAAAGAGCAGGUACGGAAUUACUCAAUGGUGGUGCCCCACCCUGAAUUCAACACAGGAUCUCUGAACAAUGACUUGGUGAUGAUAAAACUGUCUAAGGCUGCUGCACUCAACAACCAAGUGGGAACCAUAGCCAUAGCCAUGGAACCCUUACCAGUUAAUAAUUCCUGCUUUAUCCCAACCUGGACCUGGAGUAAAUAUAAAAACCUUAGUGACCCUGACAAGCUGACUUGGAUAAACCAAUAUACUCUCCCCCACGAUGAGUGCCAGAAUAUGCAAGAUGGAAGAAUGGCAAUAAACAUCAUGUGUGUGGGACAACCUCUAAAGAACUUAUCUGAAAAUAAGGAAGUCUCAGCAGCUCCAGCCAUCUGCGGUGGGAGGUUGCAUGGCAUCUUGACUUGGGCAAAAGGAAGUGUCACCCUGGGAAGUGAAGGAUUCUUCACAGAAGUUAAUCCUUAUGCAAGAUGGAUCAUAAACACCAUUGAAAGCUACUGAGGCUCCUCUGUCCCUCCAACCCUUCAGUGCAGUAGCUUCUUGAUUUCUACACUGGAUCCACAGCUCUAUCUUUCCUGUUCUUGAACAGAAUUAAUUAAAAACAAAAAUGACACUAAAAACUUAGGCCGUGGCCCCUGAUCUCUUUAUCACAUAAACUGUAAACAUGAUGAGAAAUUUAGCAACAUCCUCACCAUUUGUUCAUUCAAGAAUUAUUGAGGGCUUCCCUGGUGGCGCAGUGGUUGAGAGUCCACCUGCCGAUGCAGGGGACACGGGUUCGUGCCCCAGUCCGGGAAGAUCCCACAUGCUGCGGAGCGGCUGGGCCCGUGAGCCAUGGCCGCUGAGCCUGUGCAUCCGGAGCCUGUGCUCUGCAACGGGAGAGGCCACAACAGUGAGAGGACCGCAUACCACAAAAAACAAAAAACAAAAACUAAAAAUAGAACUAUCAUACGACCCAGCAAUCCCACUACUGGGCAUAUACCCUGAGAAAACCAUAAUUCAAAAAGAGUCAUGUACCACAAUGUUCAUUGCAACUCUAUUUACAAUAGCCAGGACAUGGAAGCAACUUAAGUGUCCAUCGACAGAUGAAUGGAUAAAGAAGAUGUGGCACAUAUAUACAAUGGAAUAUUACUCAGCCAUAAAAAGAAAUGAAAUUGAGUUAUUUGUAGUGAGGUGGAUGGACCUAGAGUCUGUCAUACAGAGUGAAGUAAGUCAGAAAGAGAAAAACAAAUACCGUAUGCUAACACAUAUAUAUGGAAUCUACAAAAAAAAAAAAUGGUCAUGAAGAACCUAGGGGCAAGAUGGGAAUAAAGACGCAGACCUACUAGAGAAUGGACUUGAGGACACGGGGAGGGGGAAGGGUAAGCUUGGACGAAGUGAGAGAGUGGCAUGGACAUAUAUACACUACCAAAUGUAAAAUAGAUAGCUAGUGGGAAGCAGCCACAUAGCACAGGGAGAUCAGCUCAGUGCUUUGUGACCACCUAGAGGGGU